CCAGCCUAUAUGGCCUACUACUCUCCUCCCCCGCACUGCUUUAUGAAGUCUUAACAGUGUGAGCUCUAGAGUUGGAUUGCCUGAAUCAGCGGCCGAUUUAGCCACUUAACUAGCUGAGUGACCUUGGUUUGCAUUUAUGCCGGAUUCUCAGUGAAAAUAAAAGCCAUGAUAGUUCAACUUACAGAGAUUUCCAGCAAGCUCUCUAUGAAUUGUCAUACCAUGUCAUUAAAGGAAAUCUAAAGCAUGAACAGGCAUCUAAUGUUCUUAAUGACAUUAGUGAAUUUCGUGAGGAUAUGCCCUCUAUUCUCGCCGACGUAUUCUGCAUAUUAGAUAUUGAAACAAAUUGUUUAGAAGAAAAAAGCAAGAGGGACUAUUUUACACAGUUGGUAUUAGCAUGUUUGUAUUUAGUUUCAGACACAGUUCUAAAGGAACGCCUGGAUCCAGAAACUUUGGAAUCAUUAGGGCUUAUCAAACAAUCACAGCAGUUCAAUCAGAAGUCAGUUAAAAUCAAGACAAAACUCUUUUAUAAGCAGCAAAAAUUCAAUUUAUUAAGAGAAGAAAAUGAAGGUUAUGCCAAGCUGAUUGCUGAAUUGGGGCAAGAUUUAUCUGGAAAUAUUACUAGUGAUUUAAUCUUAGAAAAUAUCAAAUCUUUAAUAGCAAAAGCUUUUGGUGACCAACAAGUUUUGGAGUUGUUAAAGACCUUGCUUGAAGGCCAGGUCUAUGAAAUUGUGAGGUCUGAGUGCUGUUUUCCAAUUUUUGGAGCUUACGCCAAUUGUGGCACACUUCAUUCCCUCAAUCAAGAUCGUAGAUUGAUAGUCCCUAUUAGGAUCUUGAUCAGGGACAGUGGUGGAACCAGCAGCAUAAGCACCCGGCUGCCUCCAAUUAAGAUGAUGUCCAUAUUCCCUGGUUUUGGCCCAGAUGUGAUCUCUCUCCUCAGGGAACAAUCUGAACAG